GUAACCGGUUUUGAUUCUAGAUAUAUACUGUUUUGGGUGAUUUGGUUAGAUCGUAUUAAUUAGGUAUCAAAUGCGGAUCUUGUAGAUCACAGGAGUUUCCCUGUUAUCCAAUUUCUGUUCAUGCAACCAAAAAGAAAAAAAAGUUUCCGUUUUUAUUUUUAAUUUGUAAUAAAUAAAUUAUAAUAAUUGGUUAAAAUGGUUGAAAGUUUGGUGAGUUAACUCCACAUCAGAUCUUUUUGCCUCUUGUAAAUUCUUUUUCUCUUUGAGUUCAUACUUGUUUUUGCAGCUUUUUUUUUAGUUAAUAUUGGUAAUGUUUUGGUUGAGGUGGAUUCUUCCUUUUUUUUUUUUGGUAUAAAUUUCAGCUGCGGAUUGCUUAUAAGUACCUUCAUUUCUUUUAGGUUUGUUUGAUGGGGCUGAUUAGUUGAAACUUAAGCUUUUCGGAGUGAGUCAAAGGUCGGAUUUUGGGCAAAAGAUUGCAUAUUUAUGGUUAAAUUUAGGUUUAGUGUUUGACGGGGGUUCUUAUUUAAUUACUGAGUGAAUGGUUUUCUGAGGCUCAUUGAAGUAAUAGUUAUCAAAUGGCUUCUCUGGGGGUAGCACCUACUUCCAGUAUGAAAGAUUCAAGCAGCCAUGCCCUUAAUGUUGAUCGGUUGCCGGAAGAGUUGAGUGACAUGAAAAUUAGGGAUGAUAAGGAAAUGGAAGCAACCGUCGUGGAUGGUAAUGGUACUGAGACAGGCCAUAUAAUAGUGACAACCAUUGGAGGUCGGAAUGGCCAAUCAAAGCAGACCAUCAGUUACAUGGCUGAACGUGUUGUGGGGCAUGGAUCAUUUGGAGUUGUUUUCCAGGCUAAAUGUCUAGAGACAGGUGAAACGGUUGCUAUAAAGAAGGUUCUUCAAGAUAAGAGAUACAAGAAUCGAGAAUUGCAAACCAUGCGCCUUCUUGACCAUCCAAAUGUUGUGUCAUUGAAGCACUGCUUCUUCUCAACAACUGAUAAGGACGAACUGUAUCUCAAUCUGGUCCUAGAAUAUGUCCCGGAAACUGUUCAUCGUGUUAUUAAACACUACAAUAAGCUGAAUCAAAGGAUGCCUCUGAUAUAUGUAAAGUUGUACACAUAUCAGAUUUUUAGGGCACUUUCUUAUAUCCAUCAUAGUAUUGGAGUGUGUCAUCGGGACAUCAAGCCUCAAAAUCUCUUGGUGAAUCCUCAUACUCACCAAGUUAAAUUGUGCGAUUUUGGAAGUGCAAAAGUGCUGGUUAAGGGGGAGCCAAACAUAUCCUACAUUUGUUCUAGGUAUUACAGAGCACCUGAGCUUAUAUUUGGGGCUACUGAGUAUACCACUUUCAUCGACAUCUGGUCUGCUGGUUGUGUUCUUGCUGAACUACUACUUGGACAGCCUUUGUUUCCUGGUGAGAGUGGAGUUGACCAGCUUGUUGAGAUCAUAAAGGUUUUGGGUACUCCAACAAGGGAGGAAAUUAAAUGCAUGAAUCCUAACUAUACCGAAUUCAAAUUUCCACAGAUUAAGGCUCACCCGUGGCAUAAGAUAUUCCAUAAGCGUAUGCCUCCAGAAGCUGUUGAUUUGGUCUCAAGACUCCUUCAGUACUCCCCUAACUUGCGAUGUUCCGCUCUGGACGCUUUGACUCAUCCCUUCUUUGACGAACUUCGUGAUCCCAAUGCUCGCUUACCCAAUGGACGGUUCCUUCCUCCAUUGUUUAACUUUAAGCCUCAUGAGUUGAAGGGUGUGCCUGUGGAGACUCUUGUCAAAUUGAUUCCAGAGCAUGCAAGAAAACAAUGCCCGUUCCUCACUAUCUGAACAGUUGAAGGUUAACAAGAAAUUAGCAAGUGUUUCAUAUGGGAUAUAUCUCGUUUUAGUCAAGAUAUUUAUUUUCUUAUUUUUCCUGUUAUCUCUUUUCGGCCCUCUUGUGUAAUUCUCAUGUAACGUAAGAGCAGUUUUAGGGAUCUGCUAAACGCCUGAAAGUAAUCUGGGAAAUAUGUUUAUUCUUCCCAUAUGUUGUCAGCAUAUUGUAAUGUUAUGUGGACGAGCUUGAAACUAAUGUUGUUGGAUGAAAAUGCAGCCUUUCGUGUAUUUGUGCUAUAUGAUCGAAACAGCUUUUCCCAUAUUUUAGGCCUUCAUUGAUGAAGACACAAACAUGUUAUUUGGAACAAGUACUGUCUUGAAUUAAUGUUGCAAAGAUGUUCGCUUGGUUUUUAGGAUCUCAUGGAUGGUGUUGAACAUGGAAGGUUCAUAUUUGGUGGCUUAUAUUAUAGAAAUUUACUUAGACAAAUAUGUAAUGGCUAUCAUUGGACUUUUGAACUUAAGAAAGUUCUUUGCCUUGUCUGUUUGAAGAAUGAAGAAUCUAUUGAAAUAAAUAAGC